UCAUUGAAUUUCAAUGGUAGCAUGAGAAACUGAAACAACAACAAACAUUGAAAAUUGUCACAAUUCAAUUUGUGUCUUCAAUUGUGAUUCUUUCACCUUUAAAUUUGCAAUCAACUGAGUGACCAUUGCAAUUAGUUUUUCGUUCAAUUUACUGUUUCCCAUUAGCACCAAUACAAAUUGAUUGUUAAAUUAAUAGCAAAUCAGCUGCAAUAUUAACACUGAUUAUCUCGUUCUCAGUUUAAUUGUUGAUUAACUAACUGUGAUCUAAAUCUCUCUGUGUGUCUGUUUAUUAUUGACAAGAUAAUUGAUUCUCUUUUGGAUUAUGAUACUUGUGCUAAUUGUUUACUUGCUUCGUUGAUUGAUUAAAACAUGAUCGUUGUAUUAAAGGAUUUGUUAAAUCAACAAUAAUUCAACUAAUCAACUCAUAUUAAUUAGUCUCAUCGUCACAUAACUUACAUCAUCAUCAUAAUCAUUAAUCAAUAUGAAAUGUUUACCAUGAAUGUAAUUAUAAUCAAGAAAACAAUUGGUCAUCUUUAUCCAAUAGGAUUAUUAUAAUAAGGACCAUAAAUUGUUUACACUUAAUCAUCAACCAGGAUCAUCACCAUAAAAAUUGUCUUCCAACAAUUAGCCAACGUAUUCUGUUGAUUAACUAAUCAAUAACAAUAAUCGAUGACCAGCAACUGCAAGAUUUACAAUCAAGUUAAUUAAUUCAAUUGGAUUAGAGUCAGAAUUAAUAUUGGCAACAAAUUCGUUUGAACACAUUGUAAUAAGACAAGAAAAAAUCAUUUCGACUGAUGUGGUUACCAAAUGAACAUUGAAAAUUAAACAUCGAUUCGAUUUGGGUGAACAUCGAAAAUAAAAAAAAAGAAUUGGGAAAAUAAGAAAAUCGUAAAAUUUUCAUCGGAAAAGUUGAUAUUCUCUCAAUUUAAACUGCACUUCUGAUAUACUGUAAGUGAUAUUUAUCAUCAUUUUGCUUCAUCUUCUCUCCUUGGAUAUUUGGGAUCUAUUAGAACAAAAAAUAUCUCGAGUUCUAAGGUUACCUUGGAAACGUGAAAAUCAUCUCAGUGGAUUGUGAGUGUGUGUUUGUUAGUCACAGUGUAUAAUAUAAAAACACUUUCCCACUCCCACUUUCACUCCCAACUCCCCAAAGAAAGUGAUAUGAUGGAUAACUCUUGUUUCGUUACAUUUACCAUGUACAGAACUCGAUAUCGUUAUAAACUCGAGGAAAAAUGUUACCCAAAGUAAACUAUUAGAUCGAUAAGUUAGAAAAGGAAAACUUUUCCAGAAAAGAUUCGAUAUUUUAUUCUGGAUCAACCAUAAAAUUCCCAGACAAGUUCGAUGGGAUUAACCAAUGGAGUUUUCAUUGAUACAACAUCAUCAUUAUCAUCAACCUCAUCUUCUUCAACCACAUCAACUGUUGUUUCCGCUGUGAGUUCAGCAAUUGCUGGUGGUGAAAGUCGAGAGUCAACUGAUCCUCUUUGGAUCAAUAGUUUAACCAAUUUUACCUCCAACAAUGCAACCGAAUCUAAUUUAUCUCUAUCAGCAGCAGUAUCAUCAACGUCAUCAUCAACCAUCGGGUCAAUGUUUCGGUCAACAUUAUCUGACCAAUACAAUACAUCAGCAGCAACGUUACUUUCAACUCUAUCCACUCUCACGUUCAGUCCAUUUUCAACAAUAUCUCCGCCAAUAACACCAACAUCAACUUCAUCAGCUACCAAAUCCUUUGCAACCUCCAUCACCUCACCCUCACCCUCAACAUCAACAUCAACCUUCAACCUGGUAUCCGCAUUAACAUCACCAGAAGCCUUCAGAACCAACAUAACAUCAACCACAGAAGCCUCAUCAUCAACAGUGUCUGUUAACCACACUUACCUUGAUCGUUCCAAUUCAACACUAGUUAACUUUUACAGAACGUUAACUAACCCAAUUAGCUUAUUGGGUGAUCAUGUAAACGCAUCAUCACCAACAUUAUCUUCAUCCACAACACCAACACCAUUUCACGAAUCUUUAUUAGAAUCUUCAAAUGAUACAGUUGAUGAAAAUAAUACAAGUGAUUCAAUUUCCUCUGUUAUACCAAUAGCAUCACCUUUAUCUUUCUUCUCAUCCUUAUCAAUCCCAUCGGUAAUAUCAUCUUCAUCUUCAUCUUCAUCUUUUUCCUCCCAUUCACCAUCAUCAUCAGAGCUGAUCAACCUAAAUGAAAGUCUAUCACCAUUAUCUUUACCUUCGCCUUCCCUUUUCUCUUCCUCAUCAAUUUCUCAUAACAAUUCUCAUCAUAUUAAUAGUCUAGGAAAUUGGAUUGAAUCAACAUUCUUCCCACCAUCAGCAACAUCAACCCUUUAUUCAUCAUCAUCAUCAUCUUUCAACAAUGGGAACAGCAAUAACUCAUUUAAUCCAAGUAACACCAAUUUUGAUAAUCUAAUAUCUUUCUGGGAAUCAAUUCCUUACCCUAAAUCAGGAUACACUCAAUUGGCUAUCAUUUUAUUAGCUUUUUUCAUUACAAUUAUAAUGAUUGUAAUUGUGGUGGGUAACCUGUUGGUCUGUAUCGCCAUUACAACUGAGAAAUCAUUGAAAACAGUUCAGAAUUGGUUCAUAGCUUCAUUAGCUGUUUCCGAUUUACUUUUGGGUCUUGUUAUUAUGCCUUUUAGUCUUGCCUAUGAACUUAUGGGCUACUGGAUAUUUGGUGCCCUUUGGUGUGAUAUCCAUCAUGCAUUAGAUGUCUUACUUUGUACAGCUUCGAUCAACAACCUGUGUCUCAUUUCUCUUGACCGAUACUGGUCAGUUACACAAGCGGUUAAAUACCUUAAAAAACGGACUCCAUCUCGUGCCAUUUUCAUGAUUUGUUUUGUAUGGAUAUUUUCAGCUUUAGUGUCACUUCCGCCUUUGGUUGGGUGGAAAAAUGAUUCAAUCGGACCAGGGGAAUGUGAACUAUCCAAGGAUACAGGUUACGUUGUUUAUUCAUCUUUCGGGUCAUUUUAUGUUCCCGCUAUUGUGAUGGUUUUUGUUUAUGCUAAAAUUUUUGUUGCCGCUCGAUCUCGAGCAAGGAAACAUGUUAAGAAACGGAAACUAUUGGUCGCCGAAGUGACCAAUGAUAUGACCAAAGAUAAGUCAACAACCACAACAACAUGCACAUCAAUGAGUAAUCCAAGUCCACCCGAAGGUCAGGAAGAGGUUACUGAUAACUGUCUCGACCAGAGUAAAGAGAUACGUGAUAAAAUGGAGAUUAAAUCAAACUGUGAUACUAUCAAUUGUAAUAAGCAAAUAACCACCACAGGUAAUUGUGUAAAUAUAGUUAAUAAAUCAAAUUUUGAUGAUGGUGCAUUGACACCUUGCUCCACACCGACCACAUUGACCACACCAAAGGUAACAUUUUCACCUCGAGAUACCGUUUAUGGUGAAGAUAAUUGUGCAGAUGAUAAUAAUGGUGGAGGUGGUAAAGUUAAUAGACACGAUUGUUUAUCACCAUCAUCAAAUUGUCCACCUCCACAAAUCAUCAUUGAAACUGCCAAUAGUUCAUCUUCAUCAUCAUCAACCAACAAUAAUAAUCAUGCUAAUUGUAAUAAUAAUAAUGUGUCAACGUUAGUUAACGUUAAAAACAAUGUUAAUAGUGCAACAAAUAGUGGGAGCAAUUCAGUAAUGAUUAAUAAUCGGGAAACCAAUUUAUCAUCAAGUUCAACUAAUUCUUGUGAUAAUCAAGUAUCAUCUAAAUCAACGGUAGCAACAUCACCGACAAUCAAGACUAAUUAUUCUCAUUCUGGUAAUUCGAGUUCACUUUCUGAGCGUAAAUGUCCUAAAUUACGAAUAGCAAUUGACGAUUCGAUUCACAAUUACAAUAGAAACAAUUCUAAUCAUCCGGAUAACAGUAAUUUAGACCUUGAUUGUUAUCUUAAUAGUGCAGGUAACGACAGUUGUGAUUACGAUAUGUCAACGCACCAGAUUGCACCGACUUCGAUAUUACGUUCAAAUGGAUUAACGUCAAUCAAUAAUAGUAAUUAUGGUAAUCAAACUAAUUCCAAAUCAAGUAUAAUCAAUGAGACUCGAUUAAUAUCAGCUGAUGAUGAUUCGGAUGCAAUGGAAUCGCCAAUAUCGAGACAUAGUGGUAACUUUGCCUUAGAAUCGAAAGCAUUUCUUUCACCUUCGUCAGCAUCACUUGGUGGUGGUCUUUGUGGUGGUCGAUUUGGACCUGUGCCUACAUCGGGUGGCAGUUUAAGUGGAAGUGUCAGCGGAGUCGGUGGAGGUCUUACCAGGUCACCUUAUGGUUCGACCAUGUCAAUAGCGGAUUAUGAUGACUCUGAUCUGUGUAAUGAUUCAGGUGACCAACCGGAACAAUCAUCAUCUUCACUUAAGGGAAGCGGCGGUGGAAGUAAAAAAUCACCUAAGGGAAAAGGAAAAGUUCAAUAUCAAACCCCACCAGUGACUCGACGACACACCCCGUCCGAUGCAGAGAGGCACAAAAGGAAAAUUGCAAAGGCUCGGGAACGACGGGCCACCCUAAUUUUAGGUCUUAUCAUGGGCUCGUUCAUACUUGCCUGGUUACCCUUUUUUGUUAUGUAUUUAACUUCCGGUUUAUGCAAAAGUUGUCAAAUUACUUCCGGGUUAACCUUUGGUUACUGGUUGGGCUACUGUAAUUCAGCAAUUAAUCCAAUCAUUUAUACAGUUUUUAAUCGAGAUUUUCGCAAAGCUUUUCGCAAGAUACUUUUUAGAUAAUCAGUUGAUUGCUUCUAAUUUAAACGUAACAACAAUUGUCUUUCCCUGUUAAUCAAUUCAACCUCAAUUCAAUUGCCUCAUUACCUUUUCCCUCUCCGAAUGCUUGUCAAGGCUUGAUAACUUUUUUCACUCUCUUCUCACCUUUGAUUGUUACUUCAUAAGUAACUACAGAAGUGUCUCAAUCUCUAUUGCAUUGUAAAUAUUAAACAAUUAUCAAACCAAUCACUCUGAUAGAUGAAUAAUAUGCUUAUGAAUGGACAAAAUUGUUCAGAAUUGUCGCUCGAAACUCUAGAGAAAAGAUAAAAAGUUACCUUGGAAAUUUUAUCAAUCGUUUUGUUUGCAAUAAGAAAAAAAGAAGAAAAAACUUUGUAAAGCCAACAAUUUAAUGUGAAUUAACUCUAAUUGUUAAAUGAUUAAAUUGUUAUUGAUUCCAAAUUCAUUGUUUCAAUUAUAAACUCAUUUCAUGGUAAUCGAAAAGUUAAUCAAUUUAUAAUCAAGUGAACAAAUUGUCGAUCAAUCAGAUUUUAUUGAACGAAAAUAUCCAAGACGAAGAUUAAAACAUGUCCUGGAAUUUUGAAAGGAGAUAAAUUCAUUAGAAUUUGCUCAUCAAGCUUAUCGUCUUCAUCUUCAUCUUCAUUUUCAUCAUUAUCACCAACCCAAUGAAUCGAUAUAUAUUUUUUGCUCUCAUUGUUUCCACUCCCACAAGAAUCCACACUGUUUAUUAUACACAAGAGUAAUUAAUUUUAAUUGUGGCCUCAUUUGUAGUCGGUUCUUGAGCUUAAUGAAACGGAAAAUCUGUUAAAUCGAAUCAAAUUCCAAUCAAAAUGUUCCUCAUGCUCAACUAACACCAAUCACCAUGAUGAUGAUCACCCAAACUCUCAUGAAACAAUCUGAUAGACAAAAAAAAUAGUUCUUGAUUAAAAGUUGCAGUAAAAUCUAAUAUUAAUAACAUGUAAUUACUUGUUGGUAACAAUGAAUGAUCAAAGUUUCCAAUCAUCUAAUUUAAUCUCGCACCCAAUUUGAUCAUCCAACUCCCACUUCUCAUCAUUGUCUCUCUCUCUCCCUCACUCUCUUUCUCU